ACGGGAUGCCAGGAGGUGACAUGGCAAAGCCGCUCCUUGGUCAUCAGAAUGGGGAGAGCGAUUCAAACCUGGUCCCAGCUGCUGGCAGCAAGACCGUCGGCAUUCUGGGAAGCGGUGACUUUGCGCGCUCCCUGUCUAUGCGUCUGGUGUGCUCGGGUUUCAAGGUGGUGGUUGGAAGCCGGAACCCAAAGCGCAACGUGAGUCUCUUCCCUUCAGCAGCUGAAGUGACUUUCCAGGCAGAUGCUAUAAAGAAGACAGAUAUUAUCUUUGUGGCAAUUUUCAGAGAACACUACACCACACUCUGUGACCUUAGCGACGAGCUGUCUGGCAAAAUAUUGGUGGAUGUUAGCAACAAUGCUGAAAUAAACCACCACAAGGAAUCAAACGCUGAGUACUUGGCAUCACUGUUCCCAGCAUGCACCGUCGUCAAAGGAUUUAAUGUCAUAUCAGCAUGGACGCUGCAGUCAGGUCCCAGGGAUGGGAAUAAGCAGGUCUUUAUUUGCUCUGACAACCAGGAAGCCAAAUGUGCAGUUGCCGAAAUGUCUCACAUGCUGGGGUUCACCCCUGUGGACAUGGGCUCCUUGACUGCAGCUCGUGAAAUUGAGAAUAUUCCUCUGCGCCUCCUCCCUGCCUGGAAGAUCCCGGUCUUCUUGGCCUUGGGUCUGUUUCUGUGCUUCUACACCUACAACUUCAUCCGACAAGUUUUGCACCCUUUCAUUCGGGACCAUAAGAACAAGUUCUACAAGAUCCCUGUGGAGGUCAUCAACACCACGCUGCCUUGUGUCGCCUACGUCAUGCUGUCCCUCGUCUACCUGCCCGGAGUGCUCGCUGCAAUCUUUCAGCUGUACUACUGCACUAAAUACAGGCGCUUCCCAGACUGGCUUGACCAGUGGUUACAGCACAGGAAACAGAUUGGCCUUCUAAGUUUCUUCUGUGCAGCCUUGCAUGCGGCAUACAGCUUUUGCCUACCCAUGCGGCGGUCCCAUCGUUACCUGUUACUCAAUGAGGCUGUCAAGCAGGCACUAGAGAAGAAAGAAAAUGCCUGGAUAGAAGAGGAAGUCUGGAGGAUGGAGAUUUACAUCUCUUUUGGCAUCAUGGCUCUGGGCUUGCUCUCCUUACUUGCCAUAACAUCACUCCCUUCGAUCUCCAAUGCUCUCAACUGGAGGGAAUUCAGUUUCAUUCAGUCCACUCUUGGAUUUAUUGCUCUGGUGAUCAGCACUCUCCACACGCUGACUUACGGCUGGACCAGGGCCUUUGAUGAAAACCAGUACAAGUUCUACCUGCCUCCCACCUACACCCUCACACUGCUGGUACCCUGUGCAGUAAUCCUAGCUAAAGUCUUCUUCCAUCUUCCUUGUAUGAACCAAAGACUGCGGCGCAUCAGGAACGGGUGGGAAAGAGGCAGGUAUGUUAAAUUCACACUACCCAGAGCGACGGGGGAAUUUUCAAGCGGCGAAAGCAGCAGCACCGUGUGACAAAGCACUUCUUUUCCAUUAUGAAUUUCACAUAGCACUCUGAAGAUUCUUUUUUUAUAGAUUUUUUUAAGCUUGUAAGUUUGGUAUCAUUGAAUGGUGGGUGAUAAAUAUAAUUUUAUUUGGGUGUUUCCGGGAAGAAGGAAAAAGUUACCAAUGUAGUCAGUGUACAAAACAGUGUUUAAAAUAUACUGGUAAUUC